CUCCUUUGCACUACCCAUCCUCUUCACCCUCUAAUUAAAUCCAACAUGAAGGAGGCAAUAAGGUGUUGCAUCUCAUGCAUCCUCCCUUGCGGCGCUCUUGAUGUCAUCCGUAUCGUCCAUGCCAAUGGCCGCGUGGAAGAGAUCAGCCAUGCCAUUCAAGCAGGCGACAUCACCCGAGCCUACCCUAAUCACGUCCUCCGCAAGCCACCUUCCCCCGCAUCCAUUGAUGAUGAUUCCACAGCUUCAGCCUCUCGGGAGUCGGUAAUUCUACCGCCCACGGCGGAACUCAAGCGUGGAAAGAUUUACUUUCUUAUGCCGGUUUCGGGGAAGGCGGGGGCGAGGGGGGCAAGGAGGAGGGAGAUGGGAGGAGAGGAGGGGAGAAGGGUGGAGAUGAUAAAAGAGAGAGUUUUGGUGGAGAGGCAGAGGGAUAGAAGAAGGGGGAGGGUGGGGGUGUGGAGGCCGCACCUUGAUAGUAUAUCUGAGAUGAUGGGGCAUGAUUUGUAGUUAUGUGAUCCGAUCUUCAAUGCCUUUUCUUUCUUCUUCUUUUUUUCUUUGAAUUUUAAUUUCAUUUUGUUUGAUGCGUGGUCCUACUAAUGUUAAUUACUCUUGCUAUUUUCCUGAAUAUAUAUAUUUUUUGUGUGUAA